GAUUAAAUUCUCUUUACACUACACUACACACCAACAAGAAAAUUGAAAACGUCUUUCAAAAAAAAUGUUUUUAAGUUGAUUGUUGAGUUUUGAAUUAUCGAGUAAUAUCGAGAUCUAUAAUUUAAAUAUCAUUUUCGUAACGACGACGGUAUGCUGUAGGAAAAGCCAAAAUGCUCCUAGCAAAGUAAGUUAGCUAGGUUUUGAUUUGAUGAAAGAUUGUUUUCGGAACUCGCCGUUGGCAUUUUGUAAUCAAACUCAAGAACGAUGGAAUCGAGCACAUUAUUAGCCAAUACUAUGGAGAUCCCAUCAAAUUAUGAGAAAUCUACGCAGCCUGCGAUAUUUAUUGAUAUUAGUUUGUGUAAAAAUGAAGAAAGCGGGUAUCAUACUUUAACACCAGGAUCAAUCGAAGCCUCCAAUUUGUCGAGUGACUACUUUGAACAAUCUAUUCUCGCUAAUAACAAACGUAUUACUGGCCAGAUUCGUUAUAUUACACCAGAGACGAAUCAGUGUAAUAGACCAUCAGUUAUACUUAAUGAUAUAACAGGAACACCAUUGCCAAGGCGCGGCUUGAAACGAUCAUAUCAAGACAUAGAAACGUUGGAGUUACCAUAUAGUCCCAUACCUACUCCUACUAGUUUGAUUGCUGGACAAAUCAGAAAUCUCUAUGUUAAUGAAAACAAAGAAAACUCAUCCCGCUCGUUAAAUGCUAUAAAUAUAGACAGAGCAAACAAUCUUACAAAACAUCUUUUACAAGGUCAUGAAUCAGCAUCAUAUCCAAUAACACCAGUUAAAAGAAAUUGCAAGACAAAUCCUUGUAGGAAAUCGGCCAAAAAACUCAAUUUUGUAACACAUUCGCUAUCAUGUGAAAUGCGUGAAUUACAACAAGUGAACAGGCCGAGAGCACUAGUAGAAGCAGUAAAAACUGUACUAUUCAAACCUAACAAUGAUAUAAUUCAAAGGCUAUAUGAAGGCAAUGUAAUACCACCAAUUGCAACUAUUUUGAAUUACUUGUCGAAUGAAGAUAUUAAUAACUUCAUUUUAGUAAGUGCAACUUGGGCUGAGGUUUGGACAUCAGUAAGUGAUAGUGAACGAAAAGUAGCAUAUGAACAGUAUUUAAAAAACGCAAAGGAAAACCAAGAAAAUGGUCAAAAAAUUGUACAUAAAAAUAUAGAAAGGAAAAAUACAUUUUCAGCUAAGAUUGGUUGUUUGAGAGAAAUUCACAAUGAAUUAAACAAUAGUAAAAUAGUGCCCACUCCUAGAAGUCCUCCAGGAACUCCAAAAUCAAACAGAUUCAAGAAAUUUACAAAGUCAGCAUCACUAGAUACACGCAUGCAGCUUUCUUGUGUAAGGUGUUCAUUACCUGCAAAAGUAACAGUUGAAACUUCAGGCGAGGAAUGGGUAGAAUGUAUCAAUGUGUUAUGUGCUUACCAGUUCUGUAGGUUUUGUCAAUGUGAAAGGCAUCCUGAUAAAGUAUGCUUUCAGUAUGACCUCAAUGGACCUAGUCCUUCAAAAAGGAAGAAAACUCAUUAUGCAAUAGGUACCAAGAAAAGCAGGAAAAACCUGCGAAGACUCCUAUGAGCAAAUACUAUAUAGUAAUUUUACAUACCAGUGACAUUCAAUUAUUAAUAUUAUUUUUAUAACAUUCCACAAAAUUAAUUGGUGUGUGUUUUUUAAAGCGAGAAAUUUUCAGUGCCAUUUAGAACAUUUAUUGUUCAAAACAAUAAAUACGUAAUUAAGUUAGCUGGUGUCACAAUUUUGUGAUAAUAUACCUCAUGACAUAUUUUAUGACAUUAAGUUUAAUUAACAGGUAUUUUAGGACACAACACAAGGAGUGCUCAAAUAUUGUUUAAACACCUUCUUUAUAAAUUGUGAAAGUUGUGAAUUGGCUACCAACCCAAUAUUCAAAUUGUAAUGUUGACAUCUUACCUGCUCAUUGAUAUUGGAAGUAUUUGAAAGGACUAAAGUUAUCAAGUGAACAUGAGCUAUAACAUGUUUAUGCAUUUAUUGAGCAUUCCAUGUAGAAAUAAUUUGAAAUUACUCUAAUAGACUGAUAAGUUAGGCCAUCACUGAACCAGAAAGUCUGUUUUAUUUAGCAUGUAAAAGGAGUCAGUAGGAUUACAUUGAUUUAGUAUUACUUUGUGUUUGUGUGUAGUUUUAAUUUGUUUCCUUUUUUUUCACACACUUCAAUUUAUAGUUUAUGCUAGAUGUAUGUUGUUUGUUGUAAUUAAUUACCGAUUGAAAAAAGAUGUAAUUGAAUUGCAUUCUUAGCACACCAGUUUCAGGCAUCAGAAUCACUUUAAUUUGUUAUUUUUAUAUCUUGGAUUUAAUUUUUUUUUAAUUUGCCAAAAGGAUAAUUUUAUUUUGUCUUCAUAAUCUUAAAAUCGGAUACACAUAAAAUAUGUUGGCGUUUUAUUCAUAUCAUAAUGGGCACAAACUUAAAUUUUAAAUGCACCUAAUAAAAUGUUUCAAGUAAGUAAUAAACAUAGUGAUAAUCAAAUAAAGACUGAUCAUACACAUCAGUACGGCAUUGUGAAUCAUACAGACAGUCCAAAAAAAAAAACAAGUAUUUUAUUUUACAAAAAAUAUAUGGCAUUAUAUGUAUGCAAGUCUAUUUCUUUCAAAACAACAAUUUGCUAUGUAGUUUGUUAUACUGUGAUUUAAAUUAAAUUAAUAUUAAUUCUUAAAUUAUGUUUUACAUUGCAACUCAAUUUUAUAAUAUUAAAAAUUAUAAUUUUGUCACGACAAUAUAACACUGAUUAGAAUGUAUAAUUUUAUUUAAUUGCCAUAAGAAUUUAUUUGACUAUAAUUAUUAUGAUCUGUAAUUUUUAUUCAAUUUGUCACAAUAUUCUACUUAUCUUUAUUAUACUCUAUUGAAUACUCCUAGUCCUGUAAGUUAUUUGUCAAAGUUUAAUGCGAUUUAGAAAAUCUUGAACAUGUACUAGACUGAUUCUUAACUACCUCACUAACUUCAAAUAAUUACGUUUUAGGUAUUAAUAUUACAUAUUAAAAAAGGUACUUAUUUGUAUGUGUAUUAAAAAUGAAUUUGAUGGUGUUGUUUCUGUUUGUUGUUAUUUAAAUGGUGCCAGAAAAGUAUUAUUUCAAGAUUUUCUGAAUCAAUCUCUUACUUUUCGAAUUUAGAUUAACAUUAGCUGUAAAUAGUACCUAUUUUAAAUGUAAAUAACUGUGUUUGAAAAAUGCAAACUAGAAUAAGGACUAGAGUCCAUGGUUGAUUACCAGUUGAUUACAAACUGCUGGGUGAACUAAAUACCUGAUAUUUUUAGAAGAAUAUUAAGUAUUGUGCGGGACCAAGAUAAAAAAUUAGUAAAAUAAACACAUGAAAGUUCAUUUCCCAAAAUAGGAAAGUUUGAAUUCAUCUUAUCUAUCAUGUUUAAUUGCCGAUUUUCGUUUCUAGAUCAUUUUAAUAACUGUAAUUCGUGUUUACUUGGUAAGAAUAAAAUCUUUACUUUAAAGUAAGAAAUAGACUAAACUCUUAUAUAAAUCUCGAUUUCAUAAAAUAGCGUGAAACGAAUCUCAUUUUGUAAAAACCGCCAAAAUUUCACCAAAACGCUCAGUCGGAAUGAAGUAGUUUAAUUGAUGCCUACUAUGCUACUCAUUCGCUUCGCCGGUCCGACUGGAACCUAAACAGUCCUUGAUAAAAAAUAGCCUGUCUUGAAGUGUAAGAAAAAAACUGCCAAAUAUUACAAUUGGUCCAGCGAAAGGGCCUUAGAUUAGUCCGGGUAAACAAAUAGAGUGGAAAUCUUCUUAAAUUCGUGUAUGAGUUUUCGGAUUAUUUCAUCAACUAAAAGUUUAAAUUAAAAAGAAAUUCAAUUUCAUCAAAAACACAAUUUCUUUGUUUCUCUUGAUCUAAAAAAUAAAGUUUUUAUUACAUACUAUAGACAAAAGGCCCCAAGGGUCAAUAUUUAAGAAACAAAUCGCCCAACCCGUAAAGUUGAAAUGUACCUACUCCAUUCUGUAUUUAAGUAAUUGUUUUUAAUUUAAUUUUGAAUGAAUUAUCGCUUAUUGUAUCGAAAGGAAUUGGAAGACCUGUUUUUAAAUCUGCAUAAGAUUUUUUUUUAAGUUGUCGUCAAAAACACAAUGUUUUAAAGCCAUAUUAACAGUAUGAAUGCAUUUUUUUAUUGUUCAACAAGAUAUAAUUAAUGAUUAAAUAUUUUCAACCAAAAA